GAAGAUGCCAAACGACCCGAGUGCAUCUGCCAGCACAACUCUGACUCGUUUUCCCAGGUCGUUAAUCAUUCAUCCGUGCCCAAUGCUCGCGCAGAAUAAAACGCCUGGCCCCAUGGGUGCCCAAGCGCCACAUUUCAGUGUACGGUGUAUACCCAAGGUACAGAGCCUGGUAGAUCAUGGUCACGACGAUAUCCAGGAAAACAGAGACAUGGCCUCGGCUCUGCGGGCGUCGGGUGCUGAUGUGCAGGCAUGUGCACGCGUUGACGCAGUUCGGUGCCGCUUCUGCCAUCUUGGACUUCCUUAGCGAAUGAUCCCAACGAUAUCAUCUCGAUGCCGUUCAUGGCUGUUCGUAUGGCAGCGGAAGCUCGUCGGAAAAGCAUAAAUACUCGCCACCAUCGUGAGCAAGCCCCAGUUCCUCGUCCUCACCCCAUCGCACGACAGGAUGUUCGCCCGCCUUUGGACAACUGUGUCUGCGGCGCUGCUGCUGCAGGUGUUCUCCGCGAAUGCACGCAUGAUGUCCAAGGUGGACAUGCAGGCGAAGCAGGCCGCCGCUGCGCAACGCCUCGCCACCCUCGCCGCGUCCGGACAGGGUCAAAGCAGCACUGGCGUCAAAAACAUCACGUUCUCCAACCCAAAGGCGUCUGCGUUUUACGUCGACGGCACGAGUAUUCCCGAAGUCAACUUCGACAUCGGCCCCAGCUGGGCAGGUCUUCUGCCGAUUAGCAAUGCUACCAACGAAACGCGCCAGCUCUUCUUCUGGUUCUUCCCGCCUGGCCCCCAAGGAAGCCUGGACGACCUCAUCUUCUGGACAAAUGGUGGCCCCGGAUGCUCCUCGCUUGAAGGCCUCUUGCAAGAAAACGGCCCUUUCAGCUGGAGCUACGGUCAGGCAAUGCCGACGCAGAACCAGUUCAGCUGGACGAACCUCUCCAGCAUCUUGUUCGUCGAGCAGCCUGUCGGGACCGGUUUCUCUCAGGGAACACCCAACAUUCGGAAUGAAGAUGACCUUGCCGAACAAUUCGUUGGCUUCAUGCAGCAAUUCCUUGAAGUCUUUUCCGAGCUCAAGGGAAAGAACUUUUACCUGACGGGAGAAAGCUACGCCGGGAUGUAUGUGCCCUACAUCACGAACUACAUCUAUGAAAAUCCUGGUGUCCUCGAUCUCAAUACCAGGGGCUUCUGGAUCUCGGAUCCUUCGAUUGGUUACGACGUCAUCCAAGAGGAGAUGCCCGCCGUAAACUUCGUCAACAAGUACAAGGGCGUCUUCUCGCUCAACGAAACUUAUAUGGCCCAAAUCCAAUCUCUCGCAGACUCGUGCGGGUACACCAACUACAGCGACACCUUCGUGACCUUCCCGCCAAAGGGCCCGCUCCCGAUCCCCGGCAACAACACCGAGGGCGCCCGUGGCUGCCGGCUGUGGGAGCAGAUCUUCGACGCCGCGCUGCUCGUGAACCCGGCGUUCAAUAUCUAUCGCAUCUUCGACACUUGGCCGAUUCUGUGGGACGUCCUCGGCUUCCCGGGCUCCUUCGAGCAGGUGCAAGUCUCACCGAUCUAUUUCGACCGCACGGAUGUGAAGCAGGCGAUUCACGCGCCGGUGAACGUCACCUGGACCGAGUGCUCGAACAUCAACGUCUUCCCACACGGCGACGGCAGCCCGCCGUCGUUCACCGUACUGCCGAACAUCAUCGAGAAGAGUGAGCGCGCGGUUAUCGUACACGGCCUCGCGGACUACAUCCUCAUCUCGGAGGGCACCCGUGUCGUCAUUCAAAAUAUGACCUGGAACGGCCUGCAGGGCUUCCAGACCCCGAUCGAGGAAGACAGCUUCGUCGUCGACGGCAUGGGCGCGCUCGGCAACAUGCACUCCGAGCGCGGGCUCACGUAUUACGAAGUCGCGCUCAGCGGCCACAUGGUGCCGCAGUUCUCUCCAAGGGCUGCGUUCCAGAUCAUGGAGUUCCUCAUGGGAUUCCGCACCACGCCUUAAAGUUACCGAGUUUCACGAUCUGAGAUUCUCACGGACCACCUCUUUUGUAAGCCUCUGUAAUAAACUUUCACAUUGCC